AUGAGUGAUUAUCAUGAAGCCAAACCCUGGCGCUCAGUGCACAACUUGCAGGAAGCCCAACAGUUCUUAGACAUUAGCACUCAGAGCUCAGCUGGAUAUCAUGGCAAGCCUUCACUCUCAGCCUGGCCAAGCCAUAUUGUUCCUUUGGGACAGCGUGUGGAACUUCAAUGUGACUCUCCUAGUGACUAUUACACAUUCAAGUUGUACAAAGAACUUGGUAAUCCUAUCCCUCCAAUCCAGGAAAGACCAUUCCAGAAAAAAUUUGUCUUUGGACCUGUGACAUCAGAACAUGCAGGGACAUACAGAUGCUAUGGCUUGAAUUAUCAUUACGCUAUUAAAAUUUCAGCCAACAGUGAUCCUGUGAAGAUUAUAAUUUCAGGAAUCUACAGGAAGCCUUUCCUCUUGGCCUUACAACCUCCCCUGGUGGAUUUAGGAGAGAAGGUGACACUGGAGUGUCGAUCAGAGAUUAUGUUUGACACCUUCAUUUUGACUUCACAUAAAACUGGAACAAUCAAAGACUCUUUUGAGCUUUCUGCAGAAUAUCAUCCUGGGGGUUCCCAAGCCAACUUCUCAGUAGGUCCUGUGACACCUGAUGAUGCUGGGACAUACACAUGCUAUGGUUCUUACAAUCACUCCCCAUAUGAGUGGUCUGAAUCCAGUGACCCCAUUGACAUAAAGAUCACAGGGUUAUACAAGAAACCUUCUCUGUCAUCACUGAUGGGCCCUGUGGUGAUGUCAGGAGAGAACAUGACCUUGUCCUGUGUCUCUGACCUUCAGUUUGACAUGUUUCAUCUGUCCAGGAAAGGGGUACCCAAGGAAUAUGGGCUGCCUUCAAUCCUGAACCACAAUAGGACAUUCCAGGCCAACUUCCAUCUUGGUCCUGUGGUCCAGGCAGGGUACUACAGAUGCUAUGGCUCUUUCAGGAACUCUUCCCAUUUGUGGUCAACCCCAAGUGAUCCCUUGUACCUUCCUGUCACAGUUAACUCAGCAAGAAAUUGCACUUCAUGCACAGAAGCAGACUCCAAAACUAAUAAUCAUGGGCUCCUGUAUAUUCUGAUUAGACUGUCAUUCUACAUGAUGGUUUUCUUGCUCAUUUUCCUCAUCCAUUCUUGGUGCCAUGCAAAAAGGAAUGUAUAUGAAGAAGGCAAUGAGUGUCAUCUGAGUAGCAUGAGAAACUGAACCUGGAGUAAUACAGGACCCUGAAGGAAAAUAAACGCAAAAUGUGACAUGCACAGAAUUUGAUCAGUGGAUCUUCAAACAGCAAUUUAUCAGGACCAGCUCCUCACAGCCCAAGGAAGCUUUCAUAUGUAUCAUGGUGUGCAUGGGAGUUAUGAAAUGACAAGCUGAGAUCAAAGACUGUUGGUACCCUAUGAGUUCUCAAAGAAAGAUAUCAGGAGUUCUUCUGUAAAGACCUCAGCCCUCUUGGAAGCAAAAAAUGAACAGAUGCAGUGAAACAUUUGUUGAAAUCAUAGGAUAGAAUUCUCUAACUUUGGUGCCAUCUGUCAUUGUUCUGAAAUGGAUCUGAAUGUGGAUUUCCUAUAUUUAAAUGCUAUGGUUCUCACUUUUCGUUUGGAGAGAAAUCAAACUAUAAAGUGAAAUUAGACUUGAAAUGUUAAAGCCUGCUAAGGGUUCAUUUUUGUAAUUGCCUAGUCUUGCACAGCUUUAAAAAAACUUCUUUGCAUGUUUCUGUAAAGUAAAGCUUGCUUUGUGCCAGAUGACCUUCUGUUUGCCUGAAGAUAGAGUGUAAUGUUAGGUACUCUGCCUUUAAAAUCCCGAUUGAGGUAUCUUGGGGCUGGCUUUGAGAGCUCCAAGUCUCAACUAUAUAUCUGGUGUCAGUAUGUAAAUAAACGCCUUUGCUUUCUUAAAAUUUAUUAAUGAUCAGAGAGGUGAAUCUCUGAGUGACCCCACACCCAUAACACCAUGAUCCUGUAAGUAAUCAUAAUAACCUUCUUAGUUCAAUAAAUUAGACCUGUCUAGAUCAUUUAUUGGAUCUGUCAUUGGUGCCCUAUCUGCUAGAGUCAAGAGAUGAAUGCACAUGCUUUACCAGAAAGAUUCUCACAACCUUUGUACACACUAAAAAUCUUAAAUUCUUUUUUUUGUUGCUGUGAUAAAACCCCAUGAUCAAAAGCAAAUUGAGGUAAAGUGUUUAUUUGGCUAACAUAUCUUAAAUACCCCAGG